CAUACAAAUCUAUCUUCAAGUUUUUGGCGAUUUUUAGUAUGGCUACAUAUCUAUUUCUUGCUUGUUUCCUUUUGUUUCAAAUAGUUAUCAUUCUUGAUCAGUUAGCUGAAGGGGAAAGCAGUUCCCAGUCUAGCUGCCCAAAAGAAUUCACCUGCGGAAACCUUCCAAACCUGAGUUUUCCUUUCUCCAAUGUGUCGAGACCUGAAUGUGGGUUGUACACCUUAGAUUGUGGUGCUACUCCGUAUCCAACAAUUACCUUGGAAUUGGGACAACACCAAUAUGGAGUUGAAGUUAAUAGGGGUAAUCUUAUGUUUCUCUUUGACCCACUUCUUGAUAAAUACUUGCGGAAACGAAGUUGCAACGUUUUCCACACAGGAAUCUCAUUUCCCAGCUCUGCUUCCAUUUCCUUCGAUUUCUUGUCCAAAAUCAUGUUUUACAAAUGCAAUCGUACUUCAUCAAAUGUUAGCAGCUUACAGAAGAAGAUUGACCAUUAUUUCCGUGGAUACAGAAGCUAUAACAACUGCCAAAACUUCACCUUGUACUAUAUCGAUGGGGACAAUCAUACUCUACCAGCUGCCAGAACUCUUCCUGCAGAGUGUUCAGUUAUUUACUUGCCGUCUUACGGAUCAUCCAGAGGCAUCGACGUAUUUGUGAAAUUAAAUUCUUCCAUUCUCAUACAAUGGAAGGUGUCUGAAAUUUGUGCUGAGUGUCAUUAUAAUGGGGGGAAAUGCUUAACUGACACCCAUAACAAUUUUCAAUGUUCAGAUGCAGGAAAAAAGGAGCUACCCAAGGGCAUUCAUAUUCUUCUUCAGUGUGCUAUAGCAUUGAUCUUAUUUGGAUCUUUUACAAGUUGUGUCAUCGCCAUUGUUCUUCGGUGUCGAAAGAAGAAGGGACAUGCUGGUUCUUCUCAACUGUCCACCAAUUGGGACCUCGAAGGAUGCAAACUGUUGGGAGUUCAUGUCUUCUCCUACUCUCAACUUGAAAAAGCUACUGAUUAUUUUCACUCUGACAAAGAACUUGGAGAUGGUGGCUUUGGCACUGUUUAUCAUGGCAAACUUCGUGAUGGUAGAGAAGUGGCAGUGAAGCGCUUAUAUCAGCACAACUACAAAAGAUUGGAGCAAUUUAUCAAUGAAAUAAAAAUCCUCACCACCCUAAGGCACCGCAAUCUUGUGACUCUAUAUGGCUGCACGUCAGGACACAGCCGGGAACUCCUCCUGGUUUAUGAAUAUAUCCCCAAUGGAACAAUUGCAGAUCAUCUCCAUGGCGAAAAAGCCAAAGAUGGAUCACUCACAUGGCCCAUCCGAAUGAAGAUCGCACUAGAAACCGCUACUGCACUCGCUUACCUCCACGCUUCCGACAUAGUACACCGCGAUGUGAAGACUACCAACAUUCUUCUCGACAACAACUUCUGUGUCAAAGUUGCUGAUUUCGGGCUUUCCCGGUUUCUCCCUAACGAUGUCACUCAUGUGUCCACUGCACCGCAGGGGACGCCUGGCUAUGUUGAUCCCGAGUAUCACGAGUGCUACCAGCUUACAGAUAAGAGCGACGUUUACAGUUUCGGGGUUGUCCUUGUUGAGCUCGUAUCCUCGAUGCCUGCCCUGGAUACGAGCAGGCAUCGAGACGUGAUCAACCUAGCAACUCUAGCACUGAACAGGAUAGCUAGAGGUGCAUUUAGUGAGUUGAUUGAUCCAUCUCUGGGAUUUGAGACAGAUGGUGAAAUCAUGAGAAUGGCCACUUCAGUAGCAGAGCUAGCUUUCCAAUGCUUGCAACCCAAGAAACAUAUGAGGCCUACAAUGGAUGAUGUAUUGGAGACAUUGAAGGAGAUUCAAGGUGGCGAGUUCCAAGACGAGACGAAAAAUGAUGAAAUUGAUAAGAAGAAUGUUUCCAGCAGUGUAGAAAUCGUUCUAUCACCGGAAUCAGAAGAGGUUGUGCUGUUGAAGAAGAUUGGUAGAUUCCCAACUUCUCCAACUUCAGUGACUGAUAGGUGGGUUAGUAACUCUACUGCAACAUGUAACAGUGUGUGAAAGUUCUCUGUGUGGAGCAGGGUGUGCAUAUACAGCUGUUUUUUACAUGUGUUAAUAUAAUGGAACCUAUCCCAUUAUUUAGGACUUUCAUUCUUUUCAUUGUACUUUUUUACACUUUUCAUUUUGUAUUUAGUUGCAGGAAAUCUGCAAUCCUGACAUUUAUUUGAUAAGGAUAACAGAAAAAGAAAAUCCUCGAAUGUUAGGUGAUAUUUAUGAAAGUGUCACAUUAAUUUUCCUUGA